AUGCUUCCUAACGCAUUCGUAGGAAAGGCUGAUUCGCUAUCUAUUCCCCACAUCGUUUUUGGUCUUAGAACAAAGAAAAACAAAGUAGAGAAGAGUACAGCCGACGCCGGAGUCGACGUCGGCCGGAAAACAGGAAAUUUCGUAAGGUUGUAUCUAUGCACUAUAGAUCGCCAAAGAAAACGAGAGAGAGAGUUAUCAUCAAACAAAGCUUCUUCUUUGGCUGCUAUCGGCGCGAUGAUUGAGACAGAUGCUAUACCCGUUGUUGAGAAAUAUCAUAAAAAGAAAGAAAGGGCCAUCAAAAGGAAAAUGAAGCAAGAGAUGGUUGCUCGUUUCAAUAUCUCCCGUCCUCUACGCUUAACCCGUUCAUGUCGUAACCGCCAGCUUGCUACUUACACCUUUGGUAAAGUCAUAGUGGUGGUGUAA